UAAAGAAGAAAGUAGAGAAAGAACAAUGAGAGAGAAUGAUGAAAAACUGAGAGACAUACAGGCGAGAUAGUUAGAGAAAAUGAAAAUAGUAUUGUAAUAGUGAAAAAAGAAAAAAUAUUUAUAAAAAUGUAUUUUUCAAAAUAUCAACUUUAAAAAUGUUAAGACGGGAAAAUUGUUUAAUAUUGUCAACUUAAAAUUUUCUUCAUUCCAGUGCUUUUAUUAAUUUUGUUUUUUAAUUUUUAAAUUUUUUUUAGUUUUUAAAGUAAUUUCCUAUAAUUUCUAAUGGUUAUAGACGACGCAAAUAAAAAGAAGAAAGAAAGUAUUGUCGACCUUUCACGUUUUAUUGACAAAAGUGUUCGAAUUAAGCUUCAGGGAGGCAGAGAAGCUUCCGGAAUUCUAAAGGGAUACGAUGCCCUGUUAAACUUAGUUUUGGACAACGCAAUUGAAUAUUUGAGGGAUCCGGAAGACCCUCUUCGAGUAACCGAUGAAACUAAAAGUUUGGGAUUAAUUGUCGCUAGAGGAACAGCCAUAACUGUUAUAGCUCCAAAUGAUGGAAUUGAACAAAUUGCGAAUCCUUUUGUUAAUGCUGAGGCUGAUGAAUAA